AUGACUGUUACAAAAACCUGGUGGAAAGAUGCCACUGUUUACCAAAUCUGGCCCGCUUCUUACAAAGAUUCCAACGGUGACGGUGUGGGUGACAUCCCAGGUAUCAUCUCCACCUUAGACUAUGUCAAGGACUUGGGUGUGGAUGUGAUCUGGCUCUCCCCAAUGUUUGACUCUCCUCAAGACGAUAUGGGGUACGAUAUUUCCAACUACGAAGGGAUCUACCCAAAGUACGGUACCAUGAAUGAUAUGGACAACCUCAUUGAAGAGACUCACAAGAGAGGGAUGAAAAUGAUCUUGGAUUUGGUCAUCAACCACACAUCCAGCGAGCAUGACUGGUUCAAAGAAUCCAGAUCAUCCAAGACCAAUCCUAAGAGAGACUGGUACAUUUGGAGACCUCCAAGAAUCGAUGAGAAUGGGAAUAGACAACCUCCAACUAACUGGGUUUCCCACUUUUCUGGAUCGGCUUGGGCGUACGACGAGUUAACUGGCGAAUACUAUAUGCACCUUUUUGCUAAGUCGCAGCCAGACUUGAACUGGGAGAACCCGGAAACCAGAGAGGCAAUUUACAAAUCAGCGGUAAAGUUCUGGUUAGACAAGGGCAUCGAUGGUUUCCGUAUCGACGUUGCCAGCAUGUACUCCAAGACCUACCCAUUGGUGGAUGCUCCGAUAACCUUUACUGACAGAGAGUUCCAGCCAUGUGGCCAGUUCUUCCUUAACGGUCCAAGAAUCCACGAAUUCCAUAAGGAAAUGUACGACAAGGUAACUGGAAACUACGAUGCCAUGACCGUUGGUGAGGUGUGCAAGGGUACCCGCGAGGAGUCUUUGGCCUACGUCAGUGCGAAGGAGAAGGAGAUGAACAUGAUCUUCUUGUUCGAUGUGGUACAAUUAGGAUACGGUGCGGAUGACAGAUACGAGUACCAAGGGUUCAACUUGGUUGACUUCAAAAAGGCCGUCCACGAUCAGUGCGAGUUUGUGUCUGGAACCGAUGCUUGGUCUACCGUCUUUAUUGAAAAUCAUGACCAACCUCGUUGUAUCACGAGAUUCGGUAACCCUUCCAAGAAGUACCACGCCAAGUCCGGAAAGUUGUUGGCCAUGUUGGAAGCGGCGUUGACUGGUACUUUGUUCAUCUACCAGGGCCAGGAAAUCGGUAUGACCAAUAUCGGGCGUGACUGGGAUAUUUCUGACUACCAGGAUAUUGAUUCGACCAACUACUACAAGGAGUUCAAAGAAAGAGUUGGUGGCGACGAACAGAAGUUGAGUAAGUUGAUGGAGAACUUAGCGUUGGUUGCCAGGGACAAUGCCAGGACCCCAGUGCAGUGGGACGAUUCUGCCAACGGUGGUUUCUCUACCGCAAAGCCAUGGAUGAGAAUCAACGACAACUACCCGGAAAUCAACGCCAAGUCCCAGAUCAACGAUCCAAACUCUCUUUUAUCGUUCUAUAAGCAGGUCUUGAAGUUGAGAAAGGCCUACAAGGAUUUGUUCAUAUACGGUGAGUUUAAGGUUCUUGAUUACGAGAACAAAAACACCUUCACCUUUACCAAGACUCAAGCUGGCAAAACCGCUUACGUGGUCUUGAACUUCACCGAAGAAGAGCAACCAUUUGAGCAGUUGGCCGACGGUAAGCUUGAUUUGUUGGUUACCAACGCCGAUAAACUUGAGGAAACCAAGUUGUCGCCAUACGAAGGUAGAAUCUACUUGUUGAACUAGUUAGCC